GGAAAGGGGGAGACAACAUCACCAGAAGCAUGUCGGAAACGGGGUCGGAUUAUGUCCUACGUUCAUGCGUGGCGUUACUUUCUCGCCGUGAUUUCACUUCUUGCCGUGAGUUAGUUCACCGGGUCCCAAGAUCCGACCCGAAUAUCUCUGCUCAAGUGGACCAAAUCCUAGCAAUUGUGGACGUUCUCGGUGCAGCGGAGCACCGCCUCAACAAGAACCAACUCAACUGGUAUUCCAUUCUGAAACUCACCCCUGGCGAUCCGGCGAAUCACCGCUACCUUGCACGUCUGCAGUUCAAGACGCUAGUGCGCCUCUUGGACCCCAACAAGAACAAAUUUCCCUUUGCGGAAGAGGCCCAAAUGCGCGUCCGUGAGGCCUGGUUCGUGCUCUCCGACCCAGUAAGGCGAGAGCGUCACAUCCUUGAUGUCCGUGGCGGCAGUGGCACCUCACAGCAGCCUGUGCAAUGUCCCUCCAACGGAGAUGCUCUGAACCAGAGUGAGAUGUCGUUUUGGACAAUGUGCCCUUACUGCUGGUACUUGCAUGAGUAUGAGAGAAAAUACGAAGAUUGCUCUCUCCGGUGCACUAAUUGUAAGAGGACAUUUCAUGGUGUGGCGGUGAAGCCUCCGGCACCGGAAACUAUAGUGGAGGGGAAGGACCAGUACUAUUGCUAUCACUUGAGUUUGCCUUUGAGGUACCCUAUGGGGGAUCACAACUUCCAGGGCAAUGGAAAAAAAAAGAUGAGGAUAAAAACAGUGGCUAACAGGGUGAGAAUGAAAGGGUUUAUUGAUCCCAAUAGUGACUCUGACUUGGAUGCAGAAGAAAAUGGAGAUAGGGUUUGGUAGUAAUGGAACUUGGAAAGGUGAGAACUUUUUGGCACUUUUUUGGUUUUGAUAGUUCUUCCACCACUAUGGAGGUAGUGUACACGGGAAUUAUUGGCUAGUUUUCUCACAAGUGUUGGAAAAAACGGAACUUUAUGGUGGAGUUGUCGACUGUGUGUUUUAUCUGUUAGGGAAGGAGGCAUGCAUUGCUUGUAUUAUAUAGUUUUUGCAAUGCGCCCAACUGAUUGUAUUCUGUUCAUACUCUUUAAUGAAUUGCUUUUGUUUUAUAAUAGAAUUUAUAUCAAAUACUGGUGAUCGUUUACAUUACUGAUGCACGUCUAAUAUAGACGACUUUGGUUACAAGAUAAGAUCGUUUACAUUGCUGUUUGUAACAAACAAUAGAGCAACUAACUGAUAAGAUACCCUGUACAUUCAAAUAUAUUUAAACUGAGCUUUAUCCAUUUAUCUAUUUAUGCAACAGCCGUAACAGUCAUAACUAAGCCACCUUAUGUUCUAACACUCCCCAAUGCUGUCAAAUGGUCCUUUAGCUUAAAGCCUUUAAAUAUA